AUGAGCGCUGCAGACUACUACCAGCAGGACCAGGUGCAGCCUGCUGCUCCUCGAGGGCAGUAUGGUGGCCAAGAUCAAUCGCACAUCAAUUAUAAUGGCAAAGAAGAGAAGAACAACGAUUACCAGCAAGGCUACCCGCCCCAGCAACCUCCUCCCCAGCAGUAUCCUCCAGAAAACCCACCAUCAUAUGACGAGCUCUUCAAGAUCGAGAAGCCCAAGUUCAAUGAUAUCUGGGCUGGCUUAUUGCUCAUCGCUGUCUUCCUGGGCUACGUCGCUGUCUCGGGCAUCACUAUCAACAAGUAUGCUAGUACCAGAGGCUUCAAUGGCGGCAGCAUCUACGGCAGCAGCAACGACUUUGGCCUCGACACAAACACUCUGAUUCUCUUCAUUUUUGUGCUCUGUGUCGCGCUGGUUCUGUCAUGGGCAUAUUUCCUUGGCGCGCGUUACUUUACGAAGCAAUUCAUUUGGAUCACAGGUAUACUCAACUGUGUCUUCGCCAUCGGCACAGCGAUCUAUUACCUGUACAGGAAACAAUGGGGUGCUGGUAUUGUGUUCCUGCUGUUCGGUGUCUUCGCCGUGAUCUGCUUCAUCAGCUGGAUCCCGCGCAUUCCUUUCAGCGUGAUUAUGCUGCAGACCGCCAUUGACGUGUCACGCAGCUAUGGACAUGUCUUUAUUGUCAGCGCAGUCGGUGGCCUCAUUGGGGUCGCGCUCUCGGCAUGGUUUUCGGUCACUCUGGUCUCGAUCUACGUCGCGUACGAACCAAACGGUGGCGGAACGAACCCAUCAUGUGGUACGGGCGGUUGUAGCAGUGCCAAGGUUAUAGGUCUCGUUGUUUUCGUUACGUUCGCCAUGUAUUGGGUCAGUGAAUGGCUAAAGAACACCAUCCAUACUACUGUUGCCGGCAUCUACGGCUCAUGGUACUUUGGCCGUGGUGCUCCUCCAAAGGGAGCCACACGAGGUGCUUUGAAACGCGCCACCACCUAUUCGUUCGGUAGUAUCAGUCUUGGAAGUCUGUUGAUUGCCCUUGUCAACAUGAUGCGCCAAGCCUGUUCUAUCGCCCAGCAACAGGAAGCAGCACAAGGUAGUAUGAUUGGUAGCAUAGCGUUCUGGAUUCUCGGAUGCUUCAUAGCUCUCCUCGACUGGCUUGUGCGAUUCUUCAACCGCUACGCCUUCUGUCAUAUCGCUCUAUACGGAAAGGCAUAUAUACCCGCAGCCAAGGAUACAUGGACGAUGAUGAAGGACCGCGGUAUUGACGCGCUUAUUAACGAUUGCCUGAUUGGACCGGUUUUGAGCAUGGGCUCUGUCUUUGUGUCGUAUGUCUGUGCUUUGCUAGCGUAUUUGUACCUUGAGUUCACCCGUCCGAGCUACAACUCUUCUGGCACAUUUACCGCAGUCAUCAUGGCAUACGCGUUCGUUAUCGGAUUGCAGAUCUGUCAGAUCUUCUUGACCCCGAUUGGCAGCGGUGUCGAUACGAUCUUUGUGGCCAUGGCGUGGAACCCAGAGAUCUUGAUGCGCGACCAUCCAGAUAUUUAUCAUGAAAUCGUGCGACGGUAUCCCCGUGUUCAACAAAUGAUUCAUGCUUGA